AAUGCUACCCUCCCUUCAUAUCAACCAUUUUUUAUUCCAUGUUCUCUUUCCUCCUAUUGCGUGAGAAAUCAUUUCUGCUUUGUCACUUUGACCACUGAAUGUAACCAAGUAGAUUCUGAAACAAAUAUUAUACAUGUUUUUCGCUGUUGGCUUGGCUGCAAUCAUUUAUUUUAUGAAUGCUAGGGAAGAGACUGAGUGCCUUUUCUUAUCCCCUUAAAUUGAGGAUCUUUGCGUAUUAAAUUAACUUCUAGCUAUUAUAUAUACUGGUGUCUGGUUCAUUGAGAAUGAUUUUAUGUAUGUUUUAAAAGAACCAGACAAAGAACCACUUGACAACUUGUUUCAAUCCCUGAUCUAUUCUUUCUACCAAAAAGCUUGAAGAAAUUAGACCUACACGGAAGACCAACCAAGUCAAGUAACAAAGAGCAUGGAAGAGGUGACGGAUACGAAAGAGAAAGAGAGGGAAGACAUGGAAGAGGUGCAUGAAGAAACCGAGGGUUCAAGGACAAUACAACCAUGGACUCAGCAAAUAACUGUGAGGGGAGUGAUUGUAAGCAUCUUGAUUGGGACGGUUUACAGUGUGAUAGCCAUGAAACUGAACCUCACAACAGGUUGGGUCCCUAACCUGAAUGUCUCAGCUGCUCUUAUUGCCUUCCUUUUUAUCCGGACAUGGACAAAAGUUGUUGAGAAGGCAGGAUAUACGGCCAAACCUUUUACAAGACAAGAGAACACCAUGAUUCAGACAUGUGCGGUUGCAUGUUACAGCAUAGCUAUUGGAGGUGGGUUUGCAUCUUAUCUGUUGGGAUUAAACAGGAAGACAUAUGAAUUGUCCGGAGUAGACACUGAAGGGAACUCUGCAAAGGCUAUAAAAGAACCAGGACUUGGGUGGAUGACCGGCUUCCUUUUUGUAGUUUGCUUUGUUGGUCUUUUCGUAUUAAUUCCUUUAAGAAAGGUCAUGAUAGUGGACCUCAAGUUGACUUAUCCAAGUGGCUUGGCGACUGCAGUUCUCAUCAAUGGCUUCCAUAGCCAAGGCAAUAAGUCAGCCAAAAAACAGGUGCGUGGGUUCCUGAGGUACUUCUCAGUUAGUUUCCUAUGGGGAUUUUUUCAAUGGUUUUUCUCUGGGAAAGAAGAAUGUGGUUUCAAGCAGUUCCCUACUUUCGGACUUAAAGCCUGGAAGCAAACAUUCUUCUUUGAUUUUAGCCUGACCUAUGUCGGGGCAGGAAUGAUCUGUUCUCACCUGGUUAAUUUGUCUCUGCUAUUUGGAGCUGUGAUUUCAUAUGGAAUAAUGUGGCCACUUAUUAAUCGCCUUAAAGGACAAUGGUUUUCUGAGGAUUUACAAGAAAGCAGCAUGAGAAGUCUAUAUGGAUACAAGGUUUUUGUAUCUGUUGCUCUCAUUCUUGGUGAUGGCCUUUACAAUUUCCUCAAGAUACUGUCUUUCACGCUUAUUAACAUCCGUGGUAGAUUGAAGGACAAGGCCCGAAAUAGAGAUGAGGAGGAUGAUCGGAAGAAGACAGCUGAGGAUCGAAAACAAAACGAACUUUUCAUCAGAGAAACCAUCCCCAUGUCGAUUGGGGUCGUUGGAUAUGUGGUAUUGUCUAUCGUGACUGUUGUUGUGAUCCCCAUCAUGUUCCCUCAGCUCAAAUGGUACUAUGUGAUUGUAGCUUACAUUCUUGCCCCAUCUCUGGCUUUCUGCAAUGCUUAUGGGGCGGGUCUUACCGACAUGAAUAUGGCCUAUAACUAUGGGAAAGUAGCCCUUUUCGUGUUGGCAGCAUUGACAGGCAAGGAAAACGGUGUUGUAGCAGGGCUUGCCGGAUGUGGACUCAUCAAGUCUGUUGUUUCUGUUGCUUGCAUUUUAAUGCAAGAUUUCAAGACAGCGCAUUAUACGCUCGCAUCACCAAGAGCGAUGUUCUUGAGCCAAGCAAUUGGGACGGCUAUUGGCUGCGUUGUAACGCCUCUCAGCUUCUUCCUUUUCUACAAAUCAUUCGAUGUUGGAAACCCAUAUGGAGAAUUCAAAGCACCAUAUGCUUUGAUAUAUAGAAACAUGGCUAUUCUAGGUGUGCAAGGAUUUUCGGCUUUGCCUCGGCAUUGCUUGCAACUCUGUUAUGGCUUCUUUGCUUUUGCAGUGUUGGUGAAUUUUGUGAGAGAUGUCUCACCGCAUAAAAUAGGGAAAUGGAUGCCGCUUCCAAUGGCGAUGGCAGUGCCAUUUUUAGUUGGGGGAUAUUUUGCGAUCGAUAUGUGCUUGGGAACUUUGGUCAUGUUUGCUUGGCAGAAGCUAAAUGCAAAGAAGGCUGAGUUGAUGGUUCCAGCCGUUGCUUCCGGGCUAAUAUGUGGGGAAGGGCUAUGGAUUCUCCCAGCUUCAAUUCUUGCCUUGGCCAAAAUUAAUCCUCCCAUUUGCAUGAAAUUCCUGCCUUCUUAGAAAAAAAGGUUCAAGCAUGAAGAACGAUAAAAAGUUUGAAGGAAAGUCCGAAGCAAGCUGCUCGUUCCAGCAAUUCUCAGAGUAGUAGAUUACUAGAUAUAUAUACUCAUCUUUUGGCAAAAUAAACCAAUCUUAGUUAAGACAGGGUAGAUGAGCACACCCCAGAUGUUGCCUUCAAGUUUCCAUUGCUUUGGCUCCUUUAUUAAAGGGUAAAAAAGUUACUUUUUUUUUGUUUAUGUA